UCGAGAUUUGUGUCGGGUGGUGGCGCGGAGCUCUACAGUGACGAAUUUCUUGGCGGGGGCGGGAGAGGGAGAGGGAGCGGAGCGGGAGGGGGAGCAACUUAGUCUAUACCCUUUCAACCGCUUUUCGGCGUUGAAUUCGGUCGAUUUGCCGAAGAACUAGCUCGGAAAGUCGGGGGAACAUAACUGCCAGUAAGACCCUGUUCUUUAGUAGGAUGCUCUGGUUGACUCCGAUAAAGUGUUAUGAUACAACUGAAAAGUAGUAUAAUAAUUGCCAGAAACGGUUUGGAGAGAUUCUAGAUAAGUUUCAAAUUGGCUACUUUCCUGUUUUCUCUCAGGCCAGCUUGCUUUGGUCUUCCCUUUAUAUUGACUCGUGGAAAUCUAGGAGGCUGCUGGAUUUGUACGUAGUGCUGGGUUGCUGGAGGGGAAGGGUGGUGGGGGUGGGUUUUCUGAGGUGGGAUUGUGUGGGGAUGGAUACGUUGGAUUUAGGAAUCGGGUUAAAACCAACGAGAAUCUCUUGUAGAGACUGGUGUUUGAGGGCUUUCCGAGGUGAAUUUAGGGUUUGGAGAGAUGUUUAGGAGGUUAGAAUUCGGCUUUCGGUUGUUGAUUUUUGGAGGUGGAAUGUGUUUAUCUCGGUGGAGUUAAUCGUAUAUAAGGUUGGACCCAAGCCAGGAGAAUUCUUUUGUGAUUCUCUUAAAGUGAUUGCCAUUCCCAUUUUUGGUCCCUGAUAUGGCGAAUUUGCAAAGGUUGCAAAAUUCCACUCUCAGCACGGCAAACAACUAUGGCCCAUCCCGGGUUGAAGGAGUGCCAGAUCAAUUUCCGGCAGGUCUCAGGGUGUUGGUGGUUGAUGACGACACCAUUUGUCUCAAGAUACUGGAACAGAUGCUCAAGAAAUGCAUGUAUAUUGUUACAAUAUGUAGCCGAGCUACAGCUGCGCUAUCCCUCUUAAGGGAGAAGAGAGGUGGUUUUGAUGUGGUCCUAAGUGAUGUCCAUAUGCCUGACAUGGACGGUUUCAAACUUCUCGAGCUUGUCGGACUGGAAAUGGACCUACCUCUGAUCAUGAUGUCUGCGGAUGGGAGGACUAGUGCCGUCAUGAGAGGAAUCAAACAUGGAGCCUGUGAUUAUUUGAUUAAACCUAUACGCAUAGAGGAACUCAAGAACAUCUGGCAACAUGUUAUCAGAAAGAAGUGCAUUGAAAGCAAAGAGCAUGAACAAUCAUGUAGUAUCGAGAAAAAUGAGAAACAAAGACAUGUGGGGGAAGAGACUGACUAUGCAUCAUCAGUUAAUGAAGGUUCAGAUGGAAACUGGAAAAUCCACCGAAAGAGGAAAGAGUCCAAGGAUGAUGAAGUUGAUGGUGAACAAGAAAAUGAAGAUCCUGCUGCUUCAAAGAAGCCACGUGUGGUUUGGACAGCAGAACUGCAUCAACAAUUUAUUAAUGCAGUUAACCAACUGGGAAUUGAGAAGGCUGUUCCCAAGAGAAUCCUAGAGUUGAUGAAUGUCCCAGGUCUAACCAGGGAAAAUGUUGCAAGUCAUUUGCAGAAAUUCAGGCUUUACUUGAAGAAAAUUAGUGUUGCUGCUCAGAAUCAAGGUGUAAUCUUGAGUUCCUUUGGUGGUCCUGCAGAACCAAAUGGCAAACUGGGUUCAAUGGCCAAUAUCAGUGUUCAAGCAUUGGCUGAUUCUGGUCAAAUGGCACCACAGUCCUUUGCUGCUCUCCAUGCCGAGUUCCUUGGCCACAAUACUGGCAGUUUGGCCAUGCCAGCAGCAGACCAGUCUACACUUGUGCAAGCUGCACUUCAUGGAUUGAAGGGAAAUCCUGUUGAAAGGGGUACUGCCUUUGCCCAGCCACUGAUUAAAUGUCAAUCUGAUUUGACAAAGCAAUUUACACAAACCAGUAUGUCUAUAGAUGAUAUCCCAUCUGCUUAUUCAACAUGGCAAGCACCUCUUGGAGUGGCAGCUUCUUGCAACAGCAUUGGAAUCUUAAGUUCCCAUAGUAACGUGAUGGGACAGCUGCAUCAACAUCGACCGGAGCAGCCACAAUCAUUUCAGUUGGAAUCUGGGCAUGUGAUUAAUGUGCAGCCUUCUAGUCUUGUCUCACCUACAUCCUUGAGUAGUUUUUCUUGUAGGAGUAAUACAGUCUCUUCCUCUUGCAACCACAAUCCAAGCAUCCCAAACUUCAUUGGCGGUUCCAUUGCUGACUACUGCAUACUUUCUUCUAACGGCAGUCUGGCGGUCCAGGUGGGGCCAAUGCCAGAAGGCAGCUUCAGGACUGUUGGUUUGCUUGGUGGUUAUCCCGUUCCAAGUUCAAUCACGAAUGUAGCUUCUUCUUGCUCUGUGGAGAGCACCACUGACUUACAAAGCUGGCAACUUCAGAACUCAGUACAAGUAAUGGGCGCUAAUCCACCCACUCAGGUUUCUGGACUUGCAUCAAAUUCAGGGGAUAUCUCAUAUGGCCUGAAGGGAGGUCACUUAUUGGACCAAGGAGCCUCCAGGAGUCUAGGAUCUGUGAACAAGGAACCAUGCUCCCACGGUAGGUUUGGUGUUGAUAGUGGACCACUACCAUCCUUUGCUGGUGAAUUGGGUGAAGGAAUAGCCUGUCUGCAUGAUGACAUGAAUGUGGUGAAGCGAGAGGUUGAUUUGGAAUUUAUGGACAAUUUGAAAGUUGGCUUGCCUGUUGUGCAGCAGUUUUCUGCAAAUGACCUUAUGGGUGUUCUCUCCAAAUAGGUAAUUUCGGUUUCUUUGUGAUGUCUAAUUUCUUUUUUGACAUAGGAAGCUAUCAUAUUUCGUCUAUAUUUGUUUAUACUAUGGAUGGACUUGUAAACACGCUGAAUGAGUGUGUGCUUGAAGUGUUGAAGGCUUGAAGCUUUGCCUUCCUUGUAUGGGGAGUGGAAACUUCGACCAGCAUCCAGCUUUAAUAGAAAAAAGCGGUGCUUGA